AUGGCUCUGGGUGAUAGUAUACUGGCAGUGGGCGCAUUCACGCUUGCCGAGGCGUAUUUCCUCCAACGCACUGUCUUCUCUGACAAGACCUUCCAAAGAAUCUCUCUCAGCGCACUGGGAGUAAACAUCCUCCUAAAAGUCUUCUACAAUAUAGUAAUAUGGCCAUUCUUACUAAACCCGGCGCGGCAUCUACCGAAAGUCCAGGGCUCGAAUAUAGAACUCAUCUUUGACUCACCACGAGGAACAAAACCCCUCCAUUGGAUGAAAACCGUCCCAAAUGAAGGACUCAUCCACAUGCGCGACAUGCUCAAUCAAAGUUAUGUGAUCCCAACAAAUCACCAGGCCCUGCUAGACGUUAUGAGCACGAACACCUACGACUUCGAGAAGCCAUGGCGGAUGCGCAAUUUCCUUGCGCGGAUCAUCGGCUUCGGGAUGAUUACAUCAGAAGGCGCAGCACACAAGAAGCAGCGCAAAGCACUCACGCCCGCGUUCAACAUUAAGAAUAUUCGCUCGAUGUAUUCGCUCAUGUGGAGCAAGACGGGACAGUUACUGGAUGAACUAGAGAAAGAAAUCAAGGUGAACCCGAUGAAUGGAACAAGUCCAGAUGACCAGGAGGGUAAAAUUGAGAUGUCCGAAUGGGCGAGCCGCCUCACACUUGACAUAAUCGGGCCUAUAGCAAUGGGACGUGACUUUGGCUCACUGCACAACAAGCGAAACAAGGUGGCAGACAGCUUCGCGAAGAUCCUCGAACCAACUAAGGAAAAGAUGGCGUUCCUGGUGAUGAAUUUUGCACUGCCGCAGUGGAUGGCGAGGCGUGUGCCAUGGCGGAUGAACGACGUACUGAAUUCCGAAACAGCGUAUCUGCGCAGUACGUGCAAUGAAAUCGUGCGCGAGAAGCGAGCCACUCUUGCUGGGUCGAAGGUUUCUGCUCAGGAGCUUGAGGCUGAUAUUCUGGGGACGAUGAUGCUUGGUGGGGAUUUCUCGGAUACAGAGUUGGUGGAUCAGAUGUUGACAUUCUUGGCUGCUGGGCACGAAACCACUGCCAGCGCCUUAACAUGGGCCUGCUAUCUCCUCCAUCUCCACCCAGAAUACCAAACCCGCCUCCGUGAUGAGAUUCGCACCAAGAUUCCAUCAGGCAACAGUCCAAUAACCUACCAAGACCUCGAAUCCCUCCCUUUACUAAACGGCGUCUGCCAAGAAGUCCUCCGUCUAUACCCAACGGUCCCAACAACAAUCCGCGAAGCAGUCCGCAACACCGUCGUAGCAGGGAAGUACAUCCCAAAGGGGACGCGGGUGGUAUUGUGCCCGUGGGCGAUAAACAGGAGCCCUCUCUUCUGGGGCGAGAAUGGGGAAGAAUUCUUGCCUGAGCGGUGGAUCGACACGGACAAGAAUGGACACUGUAUCCCGAACAAUAAUGGCGGCGCAUCGACGAAUUUCGCGCAGAUUACGUUCCUCCAUGGGCAGAGAUCUUGUAUUGGGAAGGACUUUGCGCGUGCAGAGUUGCGGUGUGCGGUUGCUGGUGUUGUUGGGCGGUUUUUCUUUGAGAUGCAGGAUCCAAAGCAGGUGAUUCAUGUUGCCGGGGCUGUUACUAUUAAGCCUGUUGAGGGGAUGCAUUUGAGGAUGCGGAGGGUUGGUGGGUGGUAA